UACUUGCAGAUUAAAGUCCUUACAGAUCGCUUGUUCAUAGACUGGGAUAUGUUCGAGAAUGAAGAUGAACGUGAGAUUAUGAAAAAAUAUGCUGAGACUGGCAGGUGGUACACAUUGAUAUACGCUUCUUAUAUUUAUAUAGGUACCAUCUCAUUUACAACAACUGCUCUUGUGCCACGCAUUUUGGACAUCAUAUUUCCUUUGAACACUUCCCGUUCGAUAAUAUUAGCGUAUCCGGCGUAUUAUUUCGUUGACGAGGAGCAAUAUUUCUACUAUAUUUUUUGCCAUAUGCUAAUUACAGCAGCAUUAAGUAUGACUGGAUUUAUCGCGCACGAUUGCAUGCUCUUUGCUUACAUCGAACACGUUUGUGGUCUUUUUGCCGUGAUUGGAUAUCGAUUUAAACAUUUAUCGUAUAAAAAUGAUAAUGCAAAAAAAAGCAUGAUUAAUUAUUCGAAUGACGUGUCUUACAAAAACAUUGUGUUUGCAGUUCACGCUCAUCGAAAAGCCUUGCAAUUCGCAGUACUUCUUGAAAGUACUUUUACGGUGUCGUUCAUUAUACAAAUUCUGAUAGUUACAGUCGGCAUGAGCAUUACUUUAGUACAAUUCUCGAUACAGUUGCACAAUUUAGCGGAAGCAACGAGAUAUAUGGUUUUCAUUGUCUGUCAACUGAUGCACUUAUUUUGCUUUAGCUUCGAAGGACAAAAAUUGAUAAAUCAUAGUCUCGAAACCUGUGACAAAAUAUUUUAUAGCUCAUGGUAUGAAAUACCCGUGAAUGCGCAAAGAUUACUCUUGAUGGUGAUGAGAAAAAGCGUCGUAGCUAGUACUUUGACUGCUGGCAAGAUAUACGUAUUUUCUUUAGAAAGUUUCACGACGUUUCGGUAUAUUCAAUAUAUUCAUAUUCAAACUGAGAAACAUUUCUCAAAGGGUCAGCUUAUCACAAUCAAUGAAACGUUAUCAAUUCGGGCCUACGUUAUAUACGCGAGACACGUAUUUAUUAUAUCUAUGAGUCACGGAAACCUGCACGAUUGCUAUGUCAGACGCUCCGGGAAAAAGAGAGAAAGACAGAGAUAGCGGUAUACACUAUUUCAAAGUAUGGAAUCUAAUAUAGGUUACUAUUACGAUAUAAAUAGAAAAUUUUUGUCGUUUGUUGGUCAGUGGCCGUAUCAGAAACCAAAGGAAAAACGGUCUUUCUUGAUUUUCAUACUCAUAAUUUUAAUUAACAUGAUAAUAACACAGAUUAAAGAUCUUACGGAUCGUUUGUCCACAAACUGGGAUAUGCUCGAGAAUCAGGAAGAACGUGAGAUUAUGAAAAAAUAUACCGAAACUGGCAAAUGGUACGGGGUGAUAUAUAUUUCUUAUAUUUAUAUAGGUUUUAUCGUACUUUCAAUGGCCGCUGUUGUGCCACACUUCUUGGACAUCGUGUUUUCUUUGAACACUUCCCAUCCGAUAAUGUUAUUAUACCCGGCUUAUUACUUCGUUAAUGAGGAGCAAUAUUUCUAUUGUAUUUAUUGCCAUAUGAUAGUUAGCGCGAUAUUAGCUUUGACUGGAGUAAUCGCACACGACUGCAUGCUCUUUGCCUACAUCGAACAUAUUUGUGGCCUUUUUGCCGUAAUUGGAUUUGCAAUACUUCUUGAAAAUACUUUUACGUUAUCGUUUGCUAUACAAAUGCUGAUGGUUACAGUUGGCAUGAGCAUUAGUUUAGUACAAUUAUCGAUGCAGUUUCACAAUUUCGCGGAAGCAACAAAAUAUAUAUUAUUCCUUGGCGGUCAAUUGUUCCACUUGUUUUGCUACAGCUUCGAAGGACAAAAAUUGAUAAAUCAUAGUUCCGAAACUUGUGACAAAAUAUAUAAUGGCUCAUGGUAUGAAAUACCUGUAAGUGCGCAAAGAUUGCUUUUGAUGGUGAUGAGAAAAAGCGUCGAAGCUAGUACCUUGACUGCUGGCAAGAUAUACAUAUUCUCUUUAGAAAAUUUCACAACGGUCUUGCAAACUUCAAUGUCGUAUUUUACGGUUCUAUCCGUUUCUUUAAAAAUUAUGGAUCAGAAUCAUUAUUACAAUAUUGUUUACAAAAUAUCAUCGCUCACUGGUGUGUGGCCGUUUUUAAAACCAAGAGCAAGAGUAUUUCGCGUUACUCUACUGACAAUAGCUAUUUUAACUAUUUUCAUCCCUCAGGUAGCGUAUCAAUUUACAUGCAAGAAAGACUUGCACUGUAUAUUUGAGGGGAGUUCGUCGUAUCUGUUGACGAUGAUGGCUACGAUAAAGGUGUAUACAUUCCAAUUAAAUAUUAGCACAAUUAAAAAUCUUACCCGACACCUGUUUGCCGAUUGGAAAAAAAUCGGAAGUCCUGAAGAAUACGAGAUAAUGAAGUCGUAUGCCCAGAAUAGUCGACGAUUUUGUCUCAUAUAUUCGGUAUAUUGCUCAAUGGCGGUAUUUAUGUUUAUGUCAAUGUCUCUUAUACCGUUCGUACUCGAUAUCGUAUUGCCCCUCAAUCAAUCCCGUCCGGUGCUACCGACGUAUCCGGGAUACUAUUUCGUGGACAUUCGUGAACAUUUCUUGCAAAUUUUUUGGCACUCUCUCGUGGCCUGGCAGAUUCUUAUGACCGGUUUAAUCGCCCACGAUUGCAUGUACGUGACUUACAUCGAACAUAUUUGCAGCAUGUUCGCCGUGAUUGGAUUUCGUUUCGAGCAAUUAUUUCAUUAUUGCGAUAAACCAAUGGAAAUUGUUGAUAUGAACAAUAUGUAUCGCAAGAAAGUUGCGUUUAUCGUGCAUACGCACCGAGAAUCCUUGAAAUUCGUGGAACUUCUAGAAAAUACCUUCAAUAUACCUUUUGCCGCACAAAUAUUGAUAGUAACAGUAGGGAUGAGCGUUACCUUGUUACAAAUCUCACAGCAGGAUAGCGAUUUGCUGGAAUUGAUAAGAUAUGUAUUAUAUGUCAUUGGUCAACUGAUCCAUUUGUUUUUACUUAGUUUCGAGGGACAAAAACUGAUAGAUCAUAGUCUUCAGACACGCGAUAGGAUAUACAAUAGCGCUUGGUACAAAACAUCUACAAAAUCGCAAAAGCUAAUUAUACUAGUGAUGAUGAAAUGUUAUCGGCCAAGCUUUUUAAGCGCCGGCAAAGUUUACAUUUUUUCUCUGGAGAGUUUCACCGCGGUUCUACAAACUUCGAUGUCAUACUUCACGGUGCUCGCGUCCUUUCAGUAACUUGCAAUAUCCCUACAUCCGACAAAUAUCAUUUUAAACACAUGUAUCACGAAAACAUCACACAUUAUGCUUAAAUAUUAUAUUAUAAUUACAUAAUUUUGUUAAUCACGUAAUAUGUCAAAUUUAUAUAUCUAAAUUACAAAAGUUUUUUCUUAUCCUUAAGAUAUUAUUGCAAUCAUGGUUUUAAACUAUCGAAAAUAUUUACGUAGAAAAAUUAUUACAUGCUUACAUUUUUGUUUUUAUUAUUCCGAAUGAUGAUCGAGUGAUAAUGAUGCAACUCAUGAUAUUAGGACAUCAUUAAUAUCAAGAUCCAAAAAUAAGAGAUUCACGCAAAGUUCCAAUAUAUAUUUCUAAAAAAUAAAAAUGUUAAGGCCGCUGCCUGUG